UUCAGGAUGAUCGGACUCAUCAUACAGCUAUUGUGAAAAUGCUGAAAUUUUUUGGAUGGAACUGGGUUGGAAUAAUCACAUCGGAGGAUGAAAGUGGAGAGAGGGAACUCCGGGAGCUAAGCCAAGAGCUCACCAGUCACGGGAUCUGCAUUGAGUAUACCAUAACAAUGCCUGAUAAAGAGGAUAAAGGGAAAUACAAAGGCAUGAAUAUUAUUGAAAAAGCAACCUCCCAG